UCGCCCAGGGUUGGGUGCGUGUCGAGCCCUUCGGUCAGUCUAGCGUGGAACGUGUUCGCGUCAAGGCAGUCUCCCUCUCGCGCUCUCUCUUCAUCCAUACACACUACUUUACUUACUCACUCCUCUCUCAUAUACUCCACCAUGCUCAUGCCCGGUGCCCUGCCUGCUGCCAUGCCCUCCGGAAUCACCACGCCCACCAUGCACCCACAGACCAUGGAGGCGGCAGGCAUUAGCCAAAAGGACACGACCUUCACCAAAAUAUUCGUGGGCGGCUUGCCGUAUCACACCACCGACAAGUCUCUUCGGGAGCACUUCGAGGUCUACGGCGAGAUCGAGGAGGCCGUCGUCAUCACCGACAGACAGACGGGCAAAAGCCGAGGCUACGGUUUUGUAAGUACCCUGUUGACCCUUGUUCAUUUUUCCUUCCUAUUUUUAUCUGUGUAAUCUCGUUUUCUUUUG